AGCUCAGAGCGCGAGCACCUCGUCAGAUUGAGAAGAGCGUGACGUGAGCACAGAGACAGAGACGGCUUCAUCUUCACGCUCGCGCUGUUUGAGCAUCUCGAUUAUUGAAUCUGAGUGUUACAAACAAACCGGAGACUGCUGGAGCUUCUCAACAAACUAUUGGGGAUGAAUCGCUGUACGGCCGCUUUACUUUUGCUGGUUAUCGCAGUUUAUUCAAUCAACACAGAGGCAUACAAGUGCAGAUGCACGAGAAAAGGACCGAAGAUCCGGUACAAAGAUGUACAAAAGCUGGAGAUCAAGCCUAAGCAUCCAUACUGCCAAGAAAAGAUGAUAUUUGUCACCAUGGAGAAUGUGUCCCGUUUCAAAGGGCAGGAGUACUGCCUGCACCCCAGACUCCAGAGCACUAAGAACCUCGUCAAGUGGUUCAAAAUCUGGAAGGACAAACACAGGGUGUAUGAGGCCUAAUCGUUCUCCAUCAUGCACGAGGCUGAAAACAUUGCGGGAUGCACUGCAUCUCCACUCAACCGUGGAAGACCAGAGGACCAAUUUUUUAAAGCAUGACAAAGCAUAUACCCAGACAAGCUUAUCGAGCACACCAGUUAUGUUAAUGUGGAAUAAUUUAUAGUCAUACGAAAGUGUUUCUUAUACAAUGUAAUUAUGAGCCAAAUGCGCAGUUAUGGCCGAGAAAAAGUCCCUGUGAAUCAGCAACAUCUGUAAGAAGUGAUCAUUACAUUUUUGCGACGUGUAAUGUUUUCUGAAGCAUCAGAUCUCGGUCUGAUUCAUUGUGUCGUGGCGUAUAAAGGGGUCCUGACACUUAUAUAUAGAUACCGUCUUGUUCGAGUGUCAAAGUCACAGUACAAGAGAACAGAAAUAUUUACCAAGACUUUAAAAGGAGGCAAAGUGUUAUUUGUCAAAAUCAUGUUCAAAAUAUAGUUUCUCAUUGAUCUGCCCAAAAGUGCCGUGCCACUUCAUAGUGAAGCUGCAUUCAAUCAUAUCAUACUCUAUAUUUACACAUAUACUUGGGUGGAAAUGUACCGCCACACGACAAGCACAUGAACUUUGGGGCCUGCAGUGGGUCAUGUGUUCAAAAUGAAGCUUUUUAUUAAAUAUCGGCCCUUCUAUCAGCACAUUAUGAACUCCUCGUUGAGGUGAGCAGGUUUUGUAAGCUAUUGUUUUCAUUUGUUUGGUAUGGCUGUGUUUUUCUUUCUGGUAAAUGGAAUGUUUCUCUACAUCAGAUUGUAUGUAUAAGCACACAGAAUAGGUUCUUGUGUACAGACCACCUCGUCUAGUCUAGCUUGUUCAGAAUUGAUUAGUGAAGCCUAUGUAUUGUAUCAGAGAUUUGUUUUACUAUUUAAAUAAUAAAUAAUAGAAAUGUUUGUGUGUUUGGACUGACCCACCAAACACCCCACUCAAGUCCAAGGAGUGUAAUCUUCAAACACAGCAAUAAACAUUUAAAUAAAUCAC